CCUUGCUGUUUCAAAUUGAACAACCCAUAUCUUCUAUCUCUUUUCAUAUAAAUAUCCUUCUCUCUUCCCUUAUCCAUUUCAACUCAACAACACAACAAACACAACUCCAUUUCAACACAACACAAAACAAACACAACAAUACUCAUAGUCCUCAAUUUGCAAAGAUGGUUGAUUUACACUGGAAACUAAACAUGCCCAACUCCGACAUGUCUUCCAAAUCUCCAAAACUAUCUAUCUCCGAAAAAUCAUCACCACGCAAUUCCUUACCAUCAUUACAACUACCCUCAAUCACCAACGACAUCUCCGCAGCAGCACCUCCUCUUUGCGCGGCAUACGACUACUAUCUCCGACUCCCAGAGCUCUCGAAGCUCUGGGAGUCACGAGAAUUCCCCAAUUGGAGCAACGAAUCAAUCCUAAAACCAGCUUUACAAGCACUAGAAAUCACUUUCCGUUUCAUCUCUACAGUUCUCUCCGACCCUAGACCCUACACGAACAGUAGGGAAUGGAGCCGGAGACUCGAAUCCCUCGCUACAUGGCAGAUUGAGAUAAUCGCCAUGCUAUGCGAAGAUGAAGAAAAUAACCCCGAGACACGUGGUACAGCACCAACCGCUUAUCUCAGCAGCGGUGAAAGCAAGAUAAGAAGCUACAGUGAAACAAGUCUUCUUCCACGCCUUGCUACAUGGUACAAAUCCAAGGACGUAGCACAGAGGAUUCUUCUCUCCGUAGAGUGUCAAAUGAUGAGAUGCUCUUAUACUUUAGGUUUAGGUGAACCAAACCUCGCCGGAAAACCGAGCUUAAAAUACGACACCGUUUGCAAGCCGAACGAAGUUCAUAAUCUCAAAACAACUCCCUAUGACGACAGAAUCGAUAACUACGAAAAUAACGCGGUCCACGCAACUCAUCAGAUAGUCGAGUCGUGGAUCCACGUUUCUCGUAAACUUCUAGAAAGAAUCACAGACGCGAUUAUUUCUAGAAGGUUUGAGAAAGCAGUUGAGGAUUGUUACACGGUGGAGAGAAUCUGGAAGCUUUUAACUGAAGUUGAAGAUAUUCAUCUGAUGAUGGAUCCUUUCGAUUUCUUGAAGCUGAAGAAUCAACUAUCAUUGAAAUCAUCAUGUUACGAAACUGCAUCGUUUUGCAUGAGAUCAAAGGAGUUGGUUGAAGUAACAAAGAUGUGUAGAGAUUUAAGGCAUAAGGUUCCUGAGAUAUUGGAAGUUGAAGUGGAUCCCUUAGGUGGUCCAAGGAUUCAAGAAGCUGCGAUGAAACUCUAUGUGGCGGAGAAGAUGAAUGGAUUUGAGAAGAUUCAUUUGUUGCAAGCUAUGCAAGGUAUUGAGGUAGCUAUGAAGAGAUUCUUCUAUGCGUAUAAGCAGGUGUUGGUGGUGGUGAUGGGAAGUUCUGAGGCUAAUGGAAACCGAGUUGGAGUGAGUUGUGAUGGCGGUGACUCGUUGACUCAUAUGUUCCUUGAACCUACCUACUUUCCUAGCUUGGAUGCUGCUAAGACUUUUCUUGGAUACUUUUGGGAUAAUGAUAAUAAAUGGGUGUGAAAGAUAAUUUAAUUUAAUUAGUGCUAUCAUGUUACAACUAAGGCAAGGCGGUGACAUUUACACCUUGGUAAUUUACUUUAGGUUGAUCUGAAACACAUAAAAAAAAUAGGGGAAAAACAAAGUACGAUGUAUAAUCAAUCAUAAAAUUCUUUCUUUUUUAAAUUUAAUGGAUUAAAUUUUGUAAGGUGUUGUUGUAUGCAUAUUGGUGAAAUAUUUUAACAAUUUUUUAUGACA